UCACGUGCACGCGAUCUGCUGUCUCAGUCUGAACAGAGGCGUGUGUCUGUCGGCGUCGGUGUUCCAGUACUGCUAGUUUCAACCAAGAAAAAGGCUACAAGAAGAUAUACCCAAACAGAGAAAUCCCAACUAGAAACAGUCAGAACUGGACCAGCGUUCACAGAAGAGGUGAACUCAAACCGAACCGGAGAUAAAACUGAGCCUUUGUUUACAGGAGGAGCAGCGAGCCGAACUGCAGGAGAGAUGAUGAGUUUUCUGCCGUAUUUCUCAGCUGAAACCUGGACCCUUCUGGUCCUGCUGAUCACCCUGAUUGUAGUGUAUGGAUACUGGCCCUACAGUUUCUUCACUAAACUGGGCGUCCCUGGUCCUAAACCCUUUCCUUAUGUUGGUACCAUGAUGGAGUACAAGAAGGGUUUUACUAACUUUGACACUGAGUGUUUUCAGAAGUAUGGGAGAAUCUGGGGGAUCUAUGAUGGAAGACAGCCUGUUCUCUGUACAAUGGACAGAACCAUGAUCAAGACCAUCCUCAUUAAAGAAUGUUACAACAACUUCACCAACCGCAGGAACUUCCGCCUGAACGGUGAGUUGUAUGACUCUUUGAACGUUGCCGAGGACGACACCUGGAGACGCAUUCGCAGCAUCCUGUCUCCAUCCUUCACCUCGGGAAGACUGAAAGAGAUGUUUGGCAUCAUGAAGCAGCAUUCUUCUAUCCUGCUGAAUGGAAUGAAGAAGCAGGCAGAAAAAGGCCAGGCGAUUGAACUGAAGGAGUUCUUUGGACCGUACAGUAUGGACGUGGUCACCAGCACAGCAUUCAGUGUGGACAUUGAUUCCCUGAACAACCCUUCAGAUCCAUUUGUCUCCAAUGUCAAGAAGAUGCUCAAGUUUGACCUGUUCAAUCCACUUUUCCUCCUAGUCGCAUUCUUCCCCUUCACUGGUCCUAUCUUGGAGAAGAUGAAUUUCUCGUUUUUCCCAGGGGGUGUGUUGGACUUCUUUUACGCCUCACUUGCAAAGAUCAAAUCAGAUCGUGUGUCUGGGAACACAAAGAGUCGUGUGGAUUUCUUACAGCUGAUGAUCGACUCACAGAAAAACAGCAACACAAAGACGGGAGAGAAUAAAGGACUGAGUGAUCAUGAGAUCUUGUCUCAAGCCAUGAUCUUUAUCUUUGCUGGAUUUGAGACUAGCAGCAGCGCAUUGAGUUUCCUGGCCUAUAACCUGGCUACGAAUCCUCAUGUCAUGACCAAACUGCAGGAGGAGAUAGAUACUGUUUUCCCCAACAAGGCUCCCAUCCAGUAUGAGGCUCUGAUGCAGAUGGAGUAUCUGGACAGUGUGUUGAAUGAGUCUCUGAGACUAUACCCCAUCGCCCCACGUCUGGAGAGGGUCGCCAAGAAGACGGUUGAGAUCAAUGGUAUCAUCAUCCCUAAAGAUUGUGUUGUAUUAGUCCCCACCUGGACUCUCCACCGUGACCCUGAGAUCUGGUCCGACCCUGAGGAGUUCAAACCUGAAAGGUUCAGUAAGGAGAACAAGGAGUCUAUUGACCCAUACUCUUACAUGCCGUUUGGGGCGGGGCCCAGGAACUGUAUCGGGAUGCGUUUUGCCCUGGUCAUGAUCAAACUGGCCAUGGUGGAGAUCCUACAGAGUUACACCUUCACCGCCUGUGACGAGACCCAGAUCCCGUUGGAGAUCGGUGUCCAGGGUCUGCUGUCACCCACACAACCAAUAAAGCUGAAGCUAGAACCCCGUAGCAACGUCCCAAGCAACACCACGACAACAGCAUGACCAAUGCAGAAUAUUGUCUUAAAAGUACCCUGAAGUACCCUACCCAGUAGUACCCUGAAGUACCCUACCCAGUAGUACCCUGAAGUACCCUACCCAGUAGUACCCUGAAGUACCCUACCCAGUAGUACCCUGAAGUACCCUACCCUGAAGUACCCUACCCAGUAGUACCCUGAAGUACCCUACCCAGUAGUACCCUGAAGUACCCUACCCAGUAGUACCCUGAAGUACCCUACCAUGAAGUACCCUACCCAGUAGUACCCUGAAGUACCCUACCAUGAAGUACCCUACCCAGUAGUACCCUGAAGUACCCUACCCUGAAGUACCCUACCCAGUAGUACCCUGAAGUACCCUACCCAGUAGUACCCUGAAGUACCCUACCCUGAAGUACCCUACCCAGUAGUACCCUGAAGUACCC